UAGUAUAUUGGAAGCAGAAAAGUACCGAAUAACAUAGCUUACUUUGGAAUCAAGAGUAACUUUUCGAUACAACAAACAAUUUUGGACCAUAUGCUUUUAUAGCAACAAAAUUUAAAAACAAAAAUAAAGAGCUUUGACUAUUUGUUAUGAAAAGGUGCGCUACAGGCAUGGAGCGAUUAACAUACGAAACUGCUGUAAAAAAGGCGCAAUUAGUUGAGCGUAACCCUCAUCCGAAUGGUGUGAAUAUCUUGGAUCCAUUGCGCGUAUCCAUGCACAAUGAGGAAGACAUCAUAUCACUGGCAACACAAAUACAAAAUGCCGACAAACAGCUGAAAUCCGGAACAUGCCAGAAGUUAUGUGUGAUAUUAGACCAGAUAAAAAUGCUGCAAAGUCAGGCUAUGGAAAUACUAAAGGAAUCCGAGGAGAGCCAGUUGUUGCACAAUGCCGCAUGUAACUUCACAAAAAAGCCAGGUCAGAUUUAUCACCUUUAUCAGCGUCCAUCGGGUCAGAACUAUUUCAGUAUGCUUUCGCCGGAAGAAUGGAGCAGUGGCAUUGAUCAGAAGUACCUUGGUAGCUAUAGACUGGAAUUCGAUUUAUCAUGGACGCCAUUGAACAAAAUCAAAGAGCGUGAUGAGAAAAUGAAUUGGGCGGAAAAAUGUUUGGCGACAACCUCCUUAGCUGCUGGGCCUAUACCAAUGGCCAUCGACUUUGGAAGCGCUGAUAAUUGACUAACGGGUGUAAAUAUGUAAAAAAAAAGUUUGUGCUAAUAAAAUUUGUAAAUUUAG